AUGCUCGACCAGAUUCCCCCUCUGAGGGUCCUCUUCACGGCUCUCUGCUGGGCUCUGCUGGCUUUCCACGUAUCUGCCCAUGGCCAUCAUGCUGCUCACCAGCAUCUCCAUCAUGCCCGUGCCUCCUCUGCUGUGUCUUCUUCUACUACUACUUCUUCUUCUCCCUCGUUGUCUCCCGCAUCCUCCGCUGCCGUACAGGAUGCAAAGGAGACGGUGCGCAAGGCUCUCGAGGCUCUCUCGGUGGCCAACAAGCUGCGUCUGGAAAACAUUCAUUUCAACAAGUAUGAGUUCGAUGACACCAAUGAGAAUACCGGCGCCAGAACCCCUGCGCCGGCUCUAGAUAUUGACAGCCCAUCGGAGGGCGUGACCAAACGCUCCACGGGCAACAGCAGCUUCGGCUACUCAUACUCUAUCCCCGACGAUAUCCGAGAAGCUGCGCGCAUCGUCGCUGAGUCUGCUCCCCCGGCCAUACCUGCUGGAGACCAUGAGGAAGUGGCUGCCCGCAUGCGCCGCAAGUAUGCACUGCGCUCGAAUGACACCAAUUUCCCACCCCAGCAGCUGCAGACACCUAGUGGCCUCAAUGGCUUUAGUCCGUCCGAGGGCGACGAAAAGAAGAAUCAGGAGACCCUGCCGAUAAGCAAGCGAGCGGCCACCAGCUACUGGAUGGCGACCAUGCAACAACGCGGCGGCAGCCCAUUUGCGCCUUCUGGAUAUAAGGUGUGGCGCAACGUCAUGGACUACGGAGCAGUUGGCGACGGAGUGACCGACGAUACGGCAGCUAUCAACAAGGCCAUUGCAGACGGAGGCCGCUGCGGUGCCGACUGUGGCUCCAGUACUAUCUACCCGGCCGUUGUAUACUUCCCCCCUGGCACCUAUCUGGUCAGCAGCUCGAUCAUCCAGUACUAUAACACGCAAUUCCUCGGUGACCCGGUCACAGUGCCAACAAUUCUGGCGGCGUCAAGCUUUGUCGGUCUAGGCGUUAUUACUUCCGAUGUGUACGUGAGCGACACAGAAGAAUGGUAUAUCAACCAGAACAACUUUUUGCGCAGCGUCAAGAACUUCAAGAUCGACGUGCGGCUCACGGAUCCGUCUGCGUACGUGUGUGCCAUCCACUGGCAGGUGGCACAGGGCACCUCGCUGGAGAAUAUUGAAUUCUACGCUCUAGCGGACAGCACGCAGCAGGGCAUCUACAUGGAGAACGGCAGUGGCGGCUUCCUCGCUGACCUCACAUUUGUCGGAGGUAACUUUGGCGCCUACUUUGGCAAUCAGCAGUUCACCACCAGCCACCUGGUGUUUGUUAACUGUAAAACGGCCCUGCAGAUCCACUGGGACUGGGCGUGGACCAUGCAGGACAUCAUUAUUGAGUCGUGCACCACGGGCAUCAUCAUUGUUGGUGGCGCUGGUGGGCCCCUAAGCAAUGGCCAGCCCGUUGGCUCGCUGAUUGUCACCGAUGCCCUGAUUGCCAACACACCGAAGGGUAUCGUAACAUCGCUAUACUCGGAAAACUCGACAGCUUUGCUGGUGCAGAACACGGGCUUCUUCAACGUGCAGGACGCCAUUGUUGACGACGUGCUGGGCACUACCCUAGUAGCCGGUGGUGAUCAGGUCUUCCUUGAUAACUGGGGAUUCGGUAUGGUCUCGAGCGAGUCAGGUGUUAGUGGAUUCGUCAACGGACAGGCCAUUCCAGCCAUGAAUCGCACGGCAUCUCUGCUCGCCGCCACUGGUCAUGUCAAUCCCAACUACUUUACGCGCCGUCGCCCCAAGUACCACGACAUUGGCAUGGCCCAGAUCAUGGACGUCAAGUCUCUAGGUGCCAAGGGUGAUGGAGUCACAGAUGAUGGCCCGAUUCUUAAUGUCAUUCUCCAGAAUGCAGCCAACCUCUCGUCUAUUGUCUAUUUCCCCUUCGGAGUGUACGUCGUCAAGGACACACUCAAUGUCCCUGUUGGCAGUCGCAUCAUUGGCCAGGCUUGGUCGCAAAUCAUGGCUAAGGGUGCCAAGUUCCAGGAUGAAAUGAACCCGCGGGUCAUGGUCAAGGUUGGACAGCCUGGUGAUAUCGGCGUGGUGGAGAUUCAGGAUAUGCUCUUUACUGUCUCUGGAAACACCGCGGGAGCAGUGCUGAUGGAGUGGAACGUACACGAGUCAAUUCAGGGUUCAUCUGGUUUAUGGGACUCUCAUUUCCGAGUCGGCGGUGCCAUUGGAACUGAUCUCCAGUCCGAAAACUGCCCUAAACUGUCUGGAUCCGUCAAUCCCGCGUGCAAAGCAGCUUCACUGCUACUGCAUAUGACGGCCCAGAGCUCUGCCUAUAUCGAAAACGUGUGGGUGUGGGUGGCGGACCACGACCUCGACAAGAUCUCGCAGGACCAAAUCGACAUUUAUGUCGGCCGUGGAGUGCUGAUCGAGAGCCAGGGCCCAACGUGGCUAUAUGGCACGGCAUCGGAGCACUGCAUUCUAUACCAGUACCAGCUCUCUGGCGCCAAAGACAUUGUGCUCGGGAUGAUCCAGACCGAGUCUCCUUACUUCCAGCCGACGCCCAAGGCGCCGCAGCCCUUUACCACCGGUCUCUUCAAGGACGAUCCAACGUUUGACGACUGUGACACCGGGUCAGCUACCUGCGCCGUCUCGUGGGCUGUACGCAUCCUAGACUCAGAGACAGUGUAUAUGCUGGGUGCAGGGCUGUACAGCUGGUUCUCGGACUAUAGCCAGGACUGCGUGAACACCGAGGACUGCCAGCAGCGGGGUUUCCUCAUUGAGCAGAGCAACGACGUCUGGAUCUACAAUCUGUGCACCAAGGCUAUUGUUGAGAUGGUAUCACCCGUUGGCGAGCUCGUCACGCGUGCCGUCGACAACCGCAACGGCUUCCUAUCGUCCAUCCUCGCGUGGGUGCGCAAUUCGUCCGAUACCACCAUUGGUGAACGCAAGUUUGAAGGAUUCCAGAUUUACCGCGAUGACAGCAGCCGUAUUGUCGACUUGACGACAGGCUGCCAGACGGCUAUGAAGCAGAGGAUCAAGUGCCAUGAGAUGUUGGAAGGUUGGCAGCAGCCCGAGAUGCGCGGGUCCCUGGACAGCAAGAACCUGACCGACGCCGUGUGCGACACUGGCUGUGGCCGGUCUCUGCAAAGCUACUAUGACGGUGUUGCUUCGGCAUGCCAGGGCCAGAACUUUACUAUCAACUCGGCCGUUACUUUUCCUGCACGCGCAGGAGGCACCAUCUGGACGGGAUACAACGAGACCUGUUUGAAAGAUCCAGACACCGAUGGCUACUGCAACAAUCUGAUUGAUACGUUCAAGGUUGUCGAUUCGUACGAAGAAAUGCCGCAGAACGAGCUGUGUUCGUGGUGCUACGUGAACUUGAACCGCAUGAUGCAGUCGUCGCCCUACUCCAUCUUCCAGUCCCCGCUGGAGUCUCCAUAUCUCAAGGCGCGACUUGAGUACAUCUAUAGCACCUGCGGGGUCGAGACUGGCCCCACGGACGUGCAGGAUCCGCAAUACGUGCCCAUCGAGCAGGAGGCCAUCCCCUGCUUCACUGACGUCACCUACACUUCCAAGGCUGGCGACAGCUGCGACAGUGUGGCACUGGCCUACUCGAUAGGCUCAGCUGCCCUGCAGAGCGCCAACACCGACCAUAUCACCAACUGCACUACGCUGGCUAUAGGCAACGAGCUCUGCAUUCCGCUCACCUGCCACGAGCUAUACAUCCUGGAGGACACCGAUACCUGCGAGUCCAUCGAGCUCGAUACGGGCAUCGGCAUCGGAAACCUGCGCGCCUACAAUCCGUGGAUCAACUACUUCUGUGACAACCUCGUCUCCACUGUCUGGAUCCACGGCCGCACCCUCUGCCUGUCGCCGCAGGGUGGCAUCUACAACGUCUCCAACCCCAUCCCUGGAGUCGUAGUCGCACCCGGUGGCAGCACGGGCUACACAAGUACUGCCAUCCUGCCGCCCGCCAACAGCACUGUCGCCAAUGGCACUACCCUUUACUGCGGCAGCUGGUACACGGUUACAGCGGCAGAUGAGACGUGCGCGAAGAUCUGCACGUCGAACGGUAUCACAAGCGACCUGUUCCGCCAGGUCAACCCCAGUCUCGCUGGUAGUGCGGCUGGAGAUUGCACGGGGCUGUUGAAGGUGGGUACUACGUAUUGUGUUGGGCCGGUUUGGAGUUGGGAAGACCUUGAGGCAGAGGCUAGUAGUUAG